AUGACCCCGAAUUUAGAUAUGCCUCCAGCAACAGACAUUGAUCACAGCGAUCCAGAACAUGACUCUGAGGAUGAUGCUGCAGCUAAGCGUGAAAAAGAGCUCAUUACCAGGGUCGAAGCUUACCUAUACGAAAACCAAGAUGAAGAUACAGUAGAUAUAGAGAAGUUGACAACUUAUCUUAGGAGAAAGUACAAGAAUUAUAGGAAUAAAAAUUCACGUCCAACUUUCUCCAUGGUGAGUCGUGCGUUUGAAAUAGUUACUGAAAAGCUAAACGAACAGAACAGAACGCUGUGCGAAGACUUUAGUGAAAUCGAUGUUGAGAACGUUGAUGAAUCUUUCCUAAAGAGUCAAAAAAAAUCGAAUAAGGAUGAUGCAGAAGUACUAGUGAAUGAUCUAAGUUGUAUUCCUAGUUCUGAGAAAAACGGGAUAAAUGUUAGUCACGCGGCCUUGGAUGGCUCUCUAUUAUAUAAAACCCAUCAGACUAAAAAUAACAAUGCUGACGAGUCCCAAACUUUUCGAAAGCCACAAAAAUUAUCAAAAAAACGAGAUAACGACUCUGGUGUCCCCCCAUCACUUUUGAAAAAAAAGACAAAGGAAUUUCCUGUUAUAAAUUCAACAAAUACUUUUCACGAUGUUGGUGGCAAUGAACAGCUAGUGAUGAAAAUUGUAAAGAAAAUUAAACACAUCAAGCAUCCAGAAAUCAUAGAUAAAUUUAAACAAAAAAGCCCACCAAGGGGUUUCCUCCUCUGUGGUCCACCAGGUUGUGGAAAAUCUCUAUUGGCUCGUGCAAUUGCUGGGCAACUAAAUAUACCGUUGCUAGAGGUAGCAGCCACUGAUCUUGUGGCCGGUGUAACUGGUGAAAGCGAAGAAAACUUGAGGGAUCUAUUCGAUCAGGCAAUAGCUAUUGCUCCCUGCGUUUUGUUUUUAGACAAAAUUGAUACAUUAGCUACUAACAGGGAAAAUGCUCAAAAAGGAAUGGAGAAAAGAAUCGUCCACCAGUUGUGUGCUUGCUUGGACAAACUUAGCCAAUCGGAGAGUAAAGACAAAGUACUUGUUGUGGGUACAACAGAUCAGCUAGACUCUCUCGAUCAAUCAUUACGUACACCCGGACGUUUUGAAGAAGAAUUUUGUUUAUCAAUACCUAACAAGGAGGCUAGAACAAGUAUCCUUAAAAUCCUUACGAAAGGAGUGAAGCUUGCUCCAGAAGUAAACUUGGAAAAAAUCGCCCAGAUGACUCCAGGCUACGUCGCAUCCGAGCUCGAUAAACUUAUCAACGAGGCAGAGGAUAAAGCUCUAGAGCGAGUUCUUCACGAUGAUUUUGAUAAAUCUAUCGACUGGGAAACUGACUUAAACGAGUCUCUAACGGUUGAUCAAUUGAUGAAACUAAAAGUUAAAGAACAAGAUUUCGAGGCUGCUCUUAAAGUAGUGAAGCCAUCAGCUAAGAAAGACGAAGGCUUUGUCUCAGUACCCAAUGUCUCAUGGGACGAUAUUGGAUCUCUGCAGGAUAUUCGCGAGGAAUUGCAACUAGACAUUUUGGCACCUGUCAAGUACCCUGAAAUGUACGACGAAGAUUCAGAACUAGAAACUGGUGUAUUGUUAUGUGGACCACCAGGUUGUGGCAAAACUCUGUUGGCCAAAGCUAUGGCUAACGAAGCUGGCAUUAACUUUAUAUCUGUCAAGGGGCCAGAGUUUCUGAACAAGUUCGUCGGUGAGAGCGAGAAAAACGUGCGCAAGUGCUUCGCCCGAGCACGUAACGCUGCUCCAUGCAUAAUUUUCUUUGAUGAGCUUGACGCCUUGUGCCCAAAACGAUCCGAGAUCGACGGUAACGCGACGUCGAGAGUUGUCAAUGCAAUGCUUACUGAACUCGAUGGUGUCUGUAAUCGUAAGGAUGUUUUUGUCAUGGCAGCUUCAAACAGACCCGAGAUAAUUGAUCCAGCACUGCUGAGGAGUGGACGGUUUGACAAAAUCCUGUAUGUUGGUCUACCGAAAGCCAGAGAUCGAUAUCAUAUUUUGUCAGCAUUGACGAAAGGUAGUUCCCACUAUCUACUUGCACAAAUCAAUCUUCGAAGCAUAGCUGAUGAUGUUAGGUGCGAAGGCUUCUCGGGAGCGGAUCUCAAGGGACUCGUCAAGCAAGCCAGAAGAGAGUACGUCCGUGACAAGAUAAGUGGUAAAAUCAGAUCGAGCAUCAUUCAAUCAAGGCACUUUGAAAGGGCUCUUAAAAAAAUAAAACCGACAGUGAAAAGAAAGCAUAUGAAGCGGUAUGAGAAGUUGGAAAAGAUGUACUCUAUAGAGCGUAUGGAAGAAAAAAAACAGCGACACGAAGAACCUAAGCAAGUGGUUGUGAAAAAAGAAAAGAUAGAUCGUAGAGAUAACAUAGUUAAAACAAAAAAGACAGAAAAGUGUGACAGUGGUGUUGAGGUGAUAGACUUUACCGUAGAUCAAGUGUUGAUGGCUAGAGUAAAGAAGUAUGCAGAAAAGAUGAAACAAAAGCCUGGUGUUACGAUAACAGUCACUGAUACAGCCAAUCAUCUCAAAAGGGAUUACAAAGAGUAUCGCCAUGUCGAUUAUGACACGGUUUUUGAAUCAGUGCGUGACGUUUUCGAUAUAAUGGUAGGAAAGUCACCCUAUGAAAUUCAAAAAUCAAAGGAAAAUUCUGGUCGACAAACUCCAGUAAAAAGUCGUCAGGAAAAUCGUCCUAGGUCAUCGCUGAAAAGAUCACACAGCGAUACCAAUAUUAACUCUACGAACUCAUCACCAGCAAAAAAAAGUAGUAAAAAACUAAAAGUGUCUCCGACUUCUGAGUCAAGAAAACAUAUCUCCUCAAAAAGUUCCAAGAAAAAAAUACACGUCGAAGCUGGCUGUUGUACUUAAAUAUUUACAGUUACUAUUGAUAUAAGAUCAUUCGUUAAU